UGUAAGUGUGUGGUAAUUUUGUUAACUGUUGUGUAAAGCUAAUUGUAUUUCUGUGUUGUUUUUUUAUAUUUGCAUUGGUUCUUAAGAUUAAUGGAUCUGGCAUUUCAUUUGGCAGAGGAGGGUUUGGAAUCUCGUGAAGUGCCUGUUGGUUGUGUUAUGAUGUAUAAAAAUAAAGUUAUAGCUUCUUCUAGGAACUCUAUAAACGAAACAAAGAAUGCUAUAAGGCAUGCUGAAAUGAACUGCAUUGAUCAGGUGAUAUUUUGGUGCAAAAAUAACAAUGAAAAUAUGCAAGAUGUGUUCAAACAGAUCCAUGUGUUUGUUACAGUGGAACCUUGUAUAAUGUGCUGUGCUGCUCUGAGAUUUCUUUGCAUUUCUGAUGUGACAUAUGGUUGCAUAAAUGACAGAUUUGGUGGUUGUGGAACUGUACUUUCUGUGCAUGAUGACAAGGUUUUUUUCUCAGGUGAUACAUUAAAGGUUACGCCUAAUGUGAGAGGAGAUGAAGCUGUGAACUUAUUAAAGAAAUUUUAUCGUGGUGAAAAUCCCAAUGGUGUACAUACACUGAAGAGCCAAAACAUUAUGACCAUAUAUUCAAUAACGCAUUGCAUGAACUUUGGCAUGCAAACAGUUGCAGCUUGCCUUGGCAUGGAUGCCACAAGCUCUUGGUAGAUCACUGGAGAUGGUUGUAGCAAAUGUCUAAGCAGCAGUCACGCUUCUUAGGUGGCCGCAGGCCGCAAAACACGGGUUCCUGGGCUGGAGCCCUAUCCCAGGCUAACAAGAUAUGUGAUAAAUGUAGCAUGAAAACAUAACGUAUAAAUAAUGUAAUAAUGUAUAAAGCUCUGAGCUGCUGCUCCAUGACAUUCCAAAUGUGUUCUAUCGGGGUACAAUCUGGCGAAUUAGGCAGACCGGACAUUAAUUGGAAUUCAUUUUUAUGUCCCUCAAAAACAUGCCUUGUGACAUGGGGUGUUAUUCUGUUGGAAGAUUCCAUUUCCAGUUGGGAAGAUAGAUGCCAUGUAAGGGUGCAAUUGAUUUUCAGUUACACUACCCGAUAUUGAAAAUGCAAUACCAAUAAGGAGUGGCCCAGAAAUUGUGCAUAUUUAAGGUAAACGCAUGUCACCGAGUUAUGCGAAUGUUGUGAAAUGUGCAGCUGUAUAGCGCACGUUGAAGAAGAUAUAAGGGAAGGAAUAUACAAAAUGUUCAAUUUUCUUGCCGUUAUUUCUGCUAGGGAAAUCAUCAUAGAAAAUUUGUUCUUGUCUCAGAGGACGUAUAUAAUAGCAGAAAAUGCCAGGCCGUCGUCAACGGAGGCAGUUCCAGCAGACAGGCGGUUUUACAAAGGGCAUGGUGAUCGUACCGAGAAGAGCAGGUUGGUCCACACGGCAAAUCUCAGCAGACACACACCUAGACGCAUCCACAGUGCACCAGCUGUGGCGAUGAUGUUUGGAACAAGGAGAGGUGGGAAGUUCAUGAAGUGCCGAUGCAGUUCAUGAAGUGCCGAUGUGGAGAAAGGUCCAGUCCGGCAGCUAUUGUGAAACCUCCCACCGUGCUACAACGCGGCAUCAUAGUGACGUCAGCAGGCAUGGAUCAAUGCAUCCGCCGACAAGUGGAGGCGCACAGGCUAGCCACCUCUACCUUCAUUAUGCAGCAUGUUCAAGACACCCUGGAUGUUCCCGUAUCGACCAGAACCAUUUGUCAUCGAUUGGUGGAUGGUGGCUUGCGCUCAUGACGUCUGUUAAGAAGGCUGCCAUGAACCCCACAUCAUAGACACCAGUGUCUGCAAUAGUGCUGGGCUCGAGCGAUGUGGAUGAUGUAAUAGCUCUCACUAAUAAAGGGUCGUGUUCUUAGAUGAGUCACGGUUUUGUUUCUGUGAAAAGAAUAUUUUCACGAUCUUAAAGAACCUCCCAUCCUCCAUUAAAGAAGAAGCAGUCCAUAGUGAUUUACUUCACAGUAAGUUUGCAAUUAUUAAGAUAAAACAAUUUACCAGUACAAGAAAAUGAGUGCAGGAAAUAUUGCCAAUCUUUUUCCUAGAGCUGAAACGGAACUCAGAUGGUAAUCAGAUAUUUCACCUAAGUGAUAUGUUCAGCUUUGAUGUUUGUGUUGAAAAAUAUAACCCCAGGAAGAGGCCAGCGCAAUGUUUCCGUUGUCAGGCCUACAGGCAUAUGCAGAACCUGUGCAACAACGUGUGUAAAAUGCGGGAGGCCCUUGUCACAGCUAUGUGUCAUAAGAUUCCAGAUGAAAAGCCUCACUGUAUCUUCUGUCAGUAGCUACCGUGAGUGCGAGGCCUACAAAGCAAAGUUUGAGCAGAGGAAUCAACAGAAAGGUCAGUAGAUACCAGUUCCUGAAGCCUCACUCGUGAAUUUUCCGUAACUUUGCAAAGCUGAAAACCAGCUAACUCGGAAACCAUGCAAACCACGGUAUAGUGACUAAAUCAAGGAGAACCUGAUCUGGUUCCCAGCACCCUCGAUGAAAUACUCUCAUGUAUUUUUGGUCCAAAAAUUCAAAAACUGCUUAGAACUAUCACCAAAAUUUUCGGUCACAUUCAGAACGCUAAUGUUGUGGAUCCUCCAAACUGUCCAGAAGCUGAUGGAAUUCGCAGGAACGGAUUAACUCCUGAGGUAAUGAACUUUAUUUUUCUAAUGUUACUCACCAGUUCGACGGCUCCUGGGCCCGCACUUAUUCAGUACUUUUGACUUAAAUUUGCCAGCUUAUUCUUAAUUUUAAAUUUUCUUAUUAUUUCCAAUUUUUUGCUUAUUUAGGAGCAAUUUCAGAGUCUAUGCUGAUUGCUUAGGUUUCUCAUCAUUUCGUGUAAAUUUUUCUGCUCAUUUCUUAUUAGUUAAAGCUUAAUAUUCUCUCAUAUUUUAAUUUCUUUAGCUUUAAAAAAAUCAGUAUUUUAACCCUUUUUAAAAUCUUAGGAAAAAAUUAUUAUUAUCAUUCGUAUAUAUUCAUUUACAUUCAAUGAAGUGCUUUUUGUACUUUCCGCCCAUGAUUCGAAAGUACUGACGUGUUCUAUAAGGGUUUAGGUCUCUGAACCCAGGUACCCUGGUGUAAGCACCAAUCUAUCACCUGGGCUUUAUUUCUCCAGUAACAUGUACGUCACCAUGUACGAGUGUGGCGACGAUGUGGAGAAAGGUCCAGUCCGGCAGCUAUUGUGAAACCUCCCACCGUGCUACAACGCGGCAUCAUAGUUUGGGGCAUAAUUGCGUACGAAUCCAGUCACCUUUAGUUCGUAUUCAGGAUACUGACGCUCCAACAAUACGUUGAUGAUGUGCUGUGGUCAGUGACAGUCGCCUUACCUUCAGCGAGUGCCAAUGCUAUUUAUCAGCAGGAUAACACCCGACCACACACUGCUCACAUCAGCCAAUGUGCUCUGCAAGGUGUACAGAUGCUUCCCUGGCCACUGUUCUCUCUUGAUCUCUUAUCAAUCGAACACAUUUGGGAUGUGAUUGGAUGCCAUUUGCUGUCCCUGCCAUUGCUGUGUUCGGAAGACGAACCGUGAUAAAUGGUUGACAGGGAAUGGAGAGAUAUCUGUAGUGUCAAUGACUCUGUAUCUAGAUGUGUUGCGUCAUGUAUCAUCGUCCAAGGUGGUCCUAUAAGCCGACGCUGUUCUCGCUCGGUAUUAUGCAUAUCAUUUCGGAAAAAAAGGAUCACUUUUUGUUCAUUGCUGUCUCUGUUUGCUGAGUUUCAUCACUUUCUGGCCACUUCUUGGUGUUGCAUUUUCAGUGUCGCAUAAUGAAUAUACUGCUAGUCCGUAGUUUUCAUGGUCUAUUCUACCACAACUAAAGGUUCCACAGCCGCCUAUCAGAAUGUCCCUGAAACCAUAAUACUCCCACCACCAGCCUAUAUAUGACCUGCUGUACAGGCGGGGGAGCAACUGUUCGCCUGGAAGAUGGCAUACCUUGACAUGACCAUCCACAUGAUGAAUGAAACAUCGUGAUUCAGCUGACCAGGCAUUUCUUCCACUUAUCCAUGGUGCAAUUUCGAUGCUUCUGGAUGCACUAUAGGCUUAGUUGGCUUGGUCAAUAAACACACGAGUGGUUUGGCGUUGGAGCAAAAGCAUAAUUUGCCUUGCUUAAAUAAAGACCGGGACUAAUCUAAAAAAAAACUAAUAUUUAUUUCAUAAUUUAAAUAAGCUAGGCUGCAACAGUAGCCUUUACAUUAAAAACCACCGAGAAAAGAAAACCAGCGAAUCUUAUCACGUUCACCAUUUCGGUGUAUAUAACACAACAUCGAACAAUCAGCAACAACCAAGUUCGUUUAUCGCAGAUUGAGUUCUGAUCUAAUUUGCAUGAGGAAAACAACAACAAAAAAUUAGGUGAACAGCGGCUCUCUUUUCCUUAUGCAAAAUAAUAAAAAAACUUACAUAGAAUUUAAAAAAUUCGUACUUCGUUUCUAUAAUAUGGACACAAUACUUAUUGCUCUUAAAUACUGUAAACAGUUGAACAAAACUUUUUAAAGUCCACAGCAGUUGCAGUUUUCGUAAAUAAUUCCGCAUUAUUUAGUUUGGUGGAGAUGAAUUUGGUGUCAAACACCCCAUCAUUCACCAGUCUUUUGAUAAAGUGACAUCGUACGUCAAUGCACUUAGUCCAACGGUUUUGUAUUGGAUGUUUAGAAAAAUCAGUGGCAGAUUUGUUAUUGUAAAAUAGUUUACAUUCUUUCAUAUAUGGAAAGUUAUGAUGUACAGAGAAAACAACAUUACAAGCUACGAAAAACAGACGGCCUCUGGGGGGUAUUUUCGCGGACAGGAGGGGACGCCGAAAGGAUUAAAGUACCUUGGGCCAAGAACACUAUCCUGAGGUACUCCACUGUAGAUUACUUUUCUGGAAGACAGAGUGUCACCACAUCUGACCUGAAAUACUGUAGUUAAGAAACACUGUUCUAAAGAAAUUGAAAAGUGAUGUUGCCGCUUGUCUUCGCUUCACUCUGUAAAAGGUAAUAAAUAUUUUAUUGGUUGUAUAAUGUUAAAUAAAUUAAGUUUUCAUGUG